CUUCGAUCUUCAACGAAAAAGAAAACUGUUCGUACGGAAUAAAACACUAGAGAAAGAAAAAGAUAAAGAGGAAGCAAAAAAUGGUGGAUGAUUUCAUGGUAUGUGUAGAUAGAAUCAUAGCAUCGGCAGCUUGUUUUGAGUCGUCUUCAGUGAAUGAAGGACAACCAAAUUCAACAAAAAAUGGGAAUACUAAUGGUGUUUCUGUGAAGAAAACAAGAGACGACGAUGAUGAUGAAAAAGAAGUAGAAGGAGAAGGAAAAAAAGGGUCUUGUUCUAAGAAGGUUAAAGAGAUGAUGGAGUGUAGGAUAUGUCAAGAGGAAGAUGAUUUGGUUUCUUUGGAAGCUCCUUGUGCUUGUAAUGGCACCCUCAAGUUUGCUCACAGGAAGUGCAUUCAAAGAUGGUGCAACAAGAAAGGUGACAUAACUUGCGAAAUAUGCAAACAGGUUUUUUCACCAAAUUAUUCUCUUCUUUCGUCCAGAAGCAGUCCAGAUGUUUUGGCCAUUGACAUAAGGCAAGCAUGGAGCCCACAUCUUGAUCUCCGUGAUUCACACCUUCUAGUGCUAACUGCUUCUCAAAGCCAAUUACUCCAAUCAGAGUAUGAAGAUUAUGCUAAUGCAAAUAGUGGUAGCCUUGCCUGUCUUCGCUCUGUUGCCCUCAUCUUGCUUAUCAUUUUGCUCUUACGCCAAGCCCUAAUGUUGAUAAGAUAUUCUGGCAUGAUGCAGGAGUUGUCAGCUUUUAUUAAUUUUCAGGUUUUGCUUCUCCAAUUUGCUGGCUUUCUUCUUCCAUGCUAUGUGAUGGCUCGCAUGUGGUACUUACAAAGUCGAAGAAGGAGACAGGGUUGAACCAGGUGUAUGUGUCAACUGCAUUUUUACUAUGAGGCUCUUCUUUCCUUCCUUGCUGAGGACAGGCAAGUUGAUUCUUGUAUGAUAGAUGUGCCGAAUUUGGCUGAAAGUCAAGUGGCUAAAAUCCUUUGUAUCUCAAUUAUUGAACUUGGAAAAAAAUGUAAAUGUGAUUAUUAGUUCAUUAGUUUUUUUUUUUUUUUCUUUAUCUGUUUUCUCCAUUUGGUUUAGCAGUUGAUAUCACUUUCAUUAUAGCCCUCUGGUAAUACUCAAAACCCAUGAGCUUAUCCUAGCUAUGGUUGGCACAUUAUUGGCUUGAGACCACAGGCAGCUCUUCCU